AUGUCCUCCAGCACGGUCCUUCCCACACCAACUCUCUCAGAAAAACACUCCGGUAUCCCCUUCCGACUCUACGAAAAAGCCCAAUACGCCAAAUCCUUAAUCUUGGACAUUGCAACAAAGGAACAAAGUGAGAGAAAAAGGGGGCCGGCUAUACCAGCUGGUGUCGAGAAAACCACGUUCCUGAAAGCUCUUGACGAACUGUCGGGCCAAUUGGGGAAGGAGAAUGUGGAGAUAAAUGAUCAGCCGUUGAAGGAUGGAUGGUAUAUGGAGCACCCAAACACUCAUGAUGCUAUGCACGUCUUGGAUGAGGAGGAGCUUGUAGCAUCUGCUGUUGUGUAUCCUGGCAGCACGGAAGAAGUACAAAAGAUAGUGCUGUGGGCGAAUAAGUACAAGAUUCCAAUCUUUCCUAUCUCAAUUGGCAGAAAUCUUGGAUACGGCGGUGCCGCACCUCGUGUUCGAGGAUCAGUGGUCAUUGAUCUCGGUCGUCGAAUGAACAAAAUUCUUGACAUCAACCCCGUUGAUCAUACCUGUCUUGUAGAGCCUGGUGUAACCUUUUAUGCUCUUUACGAAGAGAUCCAAAGACGCGGUUACAAACAUCUUUGGAUUGAUUGUCCGGAUUUGGGCGGUGGUUCUGUACUUGGAAAUACCUUGGAUCGUGGCAUUGGAUACACUGUUUAUGGAGAUCAUUGGGCGUGUCAUUCCGGUCUUGAGGUCGUCCUUCCAACCGGUGAACUCAUCCGUACAGGUAUGGGAGCUAUGGCGAAUAGCUCUAGUUGGCAGAUCUUUCCAUACGGAUAUGGACCAAUGGCCGAUGGCCUUUUCUCUCAAUCCAACUAUGGUAUCGUUACCAAGCUUGGAAUGACCUUGAUGCGUAACCCUGGAGGUCAUGAGAGUUAUUUGUAUACGUUCCCCAACGAGGAAGAUCUCGCACCUUUGGUCGACAUCAUCCGCCCCCUUAGAAUCGGAAAUAUCCUCGAAAACGUCGCCCAGCUCAGGCAUGUAGUCCAAGCCAUAGCCUACAGCGGCAAGCCACGGAGCAGCUACUUUCAAGGCGAAGGCCAAAUGACCGACGAGCAGGUCCGAGAAAUCGCUCGCAAAGAACUCAAAUACGGUGACUUUACAUGGCUGUACUACGGCAUGUCGUACGGUCCGAAGGAAAUCCGGCAGUAUAAACUGGACAUCAUCCAUAAGGAAUUCUUGAAGAUUCCCGGCGCACGUCGCAUCGAUCCCGCGACUCUACCAAAGACAGACUACUUCUGGUCUCGUGAUCGCAUUGCAACCGGUAUCCCCGAUCUUGAAGAGCUGCAAUGGGUGAACUGGUACCCCAAUGGAGGCCACAUUGCCUUCAGCCCUGUAUCACCUGUACGCGGACCCGACGCGACUGAACUCUGGAGAAUGGCACGGAGCCGAGCAGCAGAAUUCGGGCAUGACAUAUUCCCCGCGUUUUGCGUCGGACUACGAGAAAUGCAUCUCAUCGUCGAAUGUGUUUUCAAUCGCGAUGAUCCUGAUUCACGCAAAAUGGCUUUAGCCUGUAUGCGCGCAAUGAUCGAUGAGGCAGCUUCCAAGGGGUAUGGAGAGUACCGGACGCAUUUGGUGUUGAUGGAUCAGAUUGCGAAGACAUAUAAUUUCAAUGACCAUGCAUUGAUGAAGUUUAACGAGCGGAUCAAGGAUACUCUUGAUCCGAAUGGGAUUUUGGCUCCGGGGAAGUCUGGGGUGUGGCCUGCAAGAUAUCGGGGCCGUGGGUGGGAGAUGUCCGGAUUAAGUGAGCGGAGUGAAGGUGAUGGUGUUGCUCGUGAUACGGCGACCAGACUAUAGCACUUUCAUAUCAUGAAGGAGCGAUGUC